GCAGAGCCACAUUACCGUUGGACAGUGCGGAGAGAUUUCACUUUUUUUCCCUUUUUAAGUGGUGACACAAGGAGUUUGACAGAAGAUAUAUAUAUUUUUAUAUAUAUAUCCAACAUUAUUUUCAUUUUUUUUUUUUACUAUACUGUCACUAUGUCCAGAGUUGCCAGCCUGUCGAAACUGCGGCAGGAGAGAAUGAAGGAGAUCAACCUGAGGAAUAAAGAGAGAGAGCGCAUGAGGGAACAGGAAAAGGCGGCCCGAGAGAGGGAGGCCCGUUACAACAACGGUCACCUCUUCACCUCCCUCACAGUGUCGGGAACCACGCUGUGCUCGGCAUGCAACAAGAGCAUUACGGCCAAGGAGGCACUCUGCUGUCCCACAUGCAAUGUGACCAUCCACAACCGCUGCAGGGACACCCUGCCCAACUGUGCCAAAGUCAAACAGCGGCAGCAGAAGACGGCCCUGAUGCGGAACAACUCAUCCUUGCAGAACGUCACACUGCGCACAAGAAAUCCGGUAAUCCGUGAGCGUCCCAGUUCGGCCAUCUACCCUUCCGAAAGCCUCCGACAUUCCCUUCUAGGAUCCCGCCGAGGUCGCUCCAGCCUCACGCUGUCUAAAAGUGUCUCCACCAACAACAUCGCAGGAAACCUGAAUGAUGACUCUCCUCUGGGGCUACGUCGGAUCCUGUCCCAGUCCACAGACUCCCUCAGCUUCAGGAACAGAGCCAUGUCGGUGGAGUCUCUCAACGAUGACGGAGAUCUCUACUACACUUCCAUUCUGGAGGAGAUGGAGCUGGAGGGCGAGGACUUUAAGGCAGACUCCUGGAGCAUGGCCGUGGACACUGGUUACCUCCACUCGCACAGCAAAAACAUCAUCAAGAGACAGGAUGUCAUUUACGAGUUGAUCCAGACCGAGGUGCACCACAUGCGGACGCUACGCAUCAUGGAGCGUGUGUUCCGGCAGGGUCUGCUAGAAGAGCUGCAGCUGGACCCUGGCACCGUGCACGCUUUGCUCCCCUGCCUGGACCAGCUGAUGAGCAUACACUCGCACUUCCUGGUGCAACUUCUGCUGCGGCGCCACAGCAGCCUGCAGCCCGAAUCCAACUGCAACUUCACCAUACACCGCCUCGGGGACAUACUGCUGGAGCAGUUCUCAGGCCAGAGCGCGGACGACAUGCGGAAGACGUACGCGGAGUUCUGCAGUCGGCACAUGAAGGCGCUCAAGUUGUACAAGUCGCUGCUGGCCAGAGACAAAAGGUUCCAGUGCUUCAUUCGGCGUGUGAGUCGAGGACCGUGGCUGCGUUGCCAUGGCGUCCAAGAAUGCAUCUUGCUGGUGACUCAGCGCAUCUCCAAAUAUCCUGUCCUUAUUCAGCGUAUUUUAGACAACACUCUCGACGAUGAGGAAGAAGCCUCGUCUAUAGCGCAUGCUCUGUCCAUGGUCAGAGAUCUUCUCAAUUCCAUCGAUCAACAGAUGGAGGAAAUGGAGAAGUCGCAGCGGAUGCAGGAGAUUCAUGCCAAGCUGGACCAACGAGCCGAGGCCAGAGUGAGGGACGGCGGACUGUUCAGGCCUGCCGAGCUGCUCCGCCGUCGACUUGUCCAUGAAGGAAUGCUGUUCUGGAAAACUCCAGGAUCCAGACUCAAAGAUGUGCAGGUUCUCCUGAUGACAGACAUCCUCGUGUUUCUGCAGGAGAAAGACCAGAGGUACAUCUUUCCAUGCCUGGACAAGCCUCCUGUGCUGUCCCUGCAGAACCUCAUCGUGAGAGACAUAGCCAACCAGGAGCGAGGCAUGUUCCUCAUCAGCGACUCCUCCCCUCCGGAAAUGUACGAGGUCCACGCUACCUCCAAAGAUGACAAGAACAUGUGGAUACGGCAUAUCCAGCGCACCGUCAGCAAGUGUCCAUCACGGGAGGAGUUUCCCCUUAUAGAGACAGAGCACAAGGCCCAUCUGAGGAGACUGAAAGCUGACCUCCAUCAGAAGGACAGGGAGAUGUUGGAGCUUAUGCAGGAGAGGGUGACUCUUUUCUGCGAGCUGGCGCAGGUGACAAGUUGUCAGGAGGACAUAGAGCCCCCCAUCACACGGUACUUGUUCAGGGCGGACACACCGCAAGCCCCCCGGGCGGAGAAGUUCCUUCUGGAUGCCACGGCUGAAGUGGACCGACUAAGCGAGCUUCUUCUGGGUUGUAGUGUGGACGUCCCUCUGCUGUGCCAUCAUAACCGCCUGGAAAUGACAGAAAGCAGUGAUCAUGAUCUUAUUAUCAAUGGAGCACAUGAAUUCCCCGCAGCAAAGGAGAUCUGUCAGCGGUUGAUGAAUCUCAGUGUGUAUCUUCAUGCACUCCAGGCCGCCGUCAUCAAACAAGACUCCAUCCUGGAGCUGCUUCUGCAGCAGGAGGAUGUGCCUUCGCCAGCCUCGGCGGGCUCGUGGCGCCAAAACCGCGAGGCCAACACCGGGUCGACCAUCGGGGAGCUGGCCCUGUUGCAGAGGCAACACAGCCUGCUACAGGAAGAGCUGCUGAGGCUGCGUGACGCCGAGAGCCGCUUCAAGGACAGCGAGAGGGCCCGGGCCAAGCUGGAGAAGCAGGUCCGACACAUGAAGGUGUGCAGCGGGGCUUCCUCGCAGGAGCAGGUGGACACGGCCAUGCAGCCUAGAAGGGAAGACUCUAGUGGCUCCCAGUGGGGCAACCAGGAAGCUGUCCACCAAUCGGAAGCGACUCAGGGAGGAAGCGAUGUGGAGGUGGACAUGACGUCUGAUGAUGAUGAUGAUGAAGAGGCAUCCGAAAGCUCCCGAGGUCAGACACUGGACAUUUCAUUAGAUUUCCAAGACAUUCCAGAGGAGAACUGAUCUUCGGCACACUUCGCAAACAGGUUAAACCCAAAAACAGAAAGCCAUUAUUACGCCAGAAUAUAUUUCUAUCCUUUCUGUAGAUAUUUAUUAUUAUUAUUAUUGUUUAUAGCUGCUUGACCGCUUUCUGGCUUCUAAGCUGGUGAUUGUCUUGUGUCGUUUGCAUGAUUUACUUUCACUGGACCAAAGGCUUAAAAGGGAACACGCAAAUAACACAUUUAGGGCUGUACGAAGAAUCAACAACACCUUUCAUUAGGGAUGUCAUAAAAUGGGACUAAUUUUUUGGCCCUUUGUAUUGAGUUGUGGACUCCAAUAGAGCAGUGACAAACAAUAACCCGCACAGAAAGCUUUCUACAUCUUCCAGAAUCUGCACCUAUUCCAGCUUUUUUCCCUGAACAAGACAUCUUGUCAUGUUUUAAUCUCGCGAGAUCUUGUGACACCAAAUAACUGCGUUCAUUUCAAAACUAUUGAGUACUGCACCAUGAAGCCACAUCAGGAAGCAAAAGAAGAAAUGAAUGUGAUGUAUUUAAAAGUCCAAUAUCGGGGAAUUGGAGUUCUAACAGUGCUGUCUGAUAACAUUUAAAUCAGUCGAAUGGAUAAAAAGCACCGUGACGACAUUUCUAUCCAUCAUCAUCUCAUUUCUGCCAAGCGGCAUUGCAGCCGCAGUCUUUCUAAAGACACACUAUAGUGUCGCACUUUCUGGCAAUAAACCAAAAGGUCUGGUUAAUACAACAGUAACGCUCAACUAGUCAAUCAGAAGUGGUUUAUUUUUGGUUGUGUUGCAUGUUUAUAAACAGGUUUCACCUUCAUUUCAGUGCAAUAGACGCCACUUUUUCAGCUUUGUUGUGCAUUCAUCUCGUUUCUAAACAGUUGACAAUCUUAUUAAUCAAAGACUUUUUCUGGUAUGAAUGUAUUUUACGCGCUUGCUGUUAGCAUUUGUUACAAGUGGCCAGGUAAAGUUUAUGGAUGUAAGAUGAAUUGUUUGUUAUAACCAGAAAGACUAUGCUUACUUUUUGUCAUAUGGAUUGUAUACACAGAAAUAAAAUAUCAUACAAAAGACUUAUUGUUGGUAUGAGAGUGGUCAAAAUGUUAGAAAGAGCUCCGAAGUGGGAUGGCGCACAAAGAUAGAAAGACGAGCACACGUACACACAGAGACUCCUCAUCCUAAUCCUCCAGACAAUGUCAGCCAAAAGAUGUUUAUUAAUAACCCAACUGGGGCCCACAGAGGGGGAAUUUCUGGCAUAGUCACCGACCACGCCCCCUAACCCGCCAUGUAUGAGCUUGUCGUUGCCACCGUACCCCUCCCUCCCGGGAGACCCCCAAUUAUAGGCACUACAGGCCAGGUGACGGAAUACAGUUACAAGGCCGGAAUGUUGUGUUGCUUUUGUGUUUCUUCCACCUCCCCAACGCAUCACCACAAUGCUUCCUUCAAGAUGUGCCAGGAUUAUUAUUCCCACCCAGUAGCGCAAUUGAAGACAUAUGCGCCCCAUCCUUUGGUUAUAUGAUCGUGAUGGUGGAAGAGGUCUUCAAAGUGCAGUGUGGGGGCCAUCUGCAGCACUUAGCUAAUACAGAAAAACCAUCAAAAGGCAUCUUAUAA